CUGGCGUCUGACGUCCUCUCCAACACUGAAUCGGAAGUUCUGGGCCUCAGUGGCGUGGAAAUGGACACUGGUGGGCGGGGUGGGCUACGGCCCCGCAAGGGGAAUCGGGAGGGGGUGACAGCGAGAAAGGGGAACACCAAAGAGGUGUCAGCGACUCCUGCUGCCGCAACCUCGUCCACCUGUCAGUACAGGUGUAUUGAAUGCAACCAAGAGGCCAAGGAGUUGUACCGAGACUAUAACCACGGCGUGCUGAAGAUAACCAUCUGCAAAUCCUGCCAGAAACCCGUAGACAAAUACAUCGAGUAUGAUCCUGUUAUCAUUCUGAUUAAUGCUGUUUUGUGCAAAGCACAGGCCUACAGGCAUAUUCUUUUCAACACGAAAAUCAACAUGCACGGAAAACUCUGCAUAUUUUGUUUGCUUUGUGAAGCCUAUCUGAGGUGGUGGCAGCUUCAAGAUUCAAGCCAGAACACUGAUCCCGAUGACUUCAUCAGAUAUGCUAAGGAGUGGGAUUUCUACAGAAUGUUUGCAAUUGCUUCUCUAGAACAAGCUGCCUUUUUAAUUGGCAUUUUUACCUUCCUGUGGAUAGAACGAUCCGUCACAACCAAAAAGAAACCCAACUUUGUCUUGCUGCUGAAAGCCUUACUGUUGUCGAGCUACGGAAAGCUCUUGCUGAUCCCCGCGGUCAUCUGGGAGCAUGAGUACACACUGCUGUGCCUGAGGUUCAUUAAAGUCUUCGUCCUCACCUCGAACUUCCAGGCGAUCAGAGUGACACUAAACAGCACCCGCAAGCUGUCCCUCUGCGCCAUCCUGUGCGGCUUACUGAUGGAGAGCACCAUGGUCUACUUCUUCAGGAGGAUGGAGUGGGACCUCGGGAGUGACUGCGCCAUCUAUAAGGCGCAAGACUUCUGAAGAGGGACCGAAGCGCCCGAGCGUGCGUGCGUUCAGAUAGGGCCCGGCCCAGUGAGUACGUGGUGGGUGGUUCCAGCAGACGGGGCCGUUCCGCAGACCCCUGUCAUCACCCACAGCUUGUUCUUUACUGUCUGUGGCAUGACCAGCUGCGUCUGAAGAAGAGAAGUCAGAUACAACCAAGCUCCUAAUUCCUGUUGAGUAAAAUUUUGAUGUACUUCCUGAAAAAGAAGGCGAUGCUAAUAGCAUCCGAAACCCCGACCUACCCCUCACCCCUGCGUACAGGAAACAGCCUAACCACAUACAGAUACUCCCAGGCCCACACAGAAACUCUCACACAGACACAAGGGAUGUUGUGUGCAACAAGCGAGGAUUUGUACAUUACAGAUCACUCCAGGUAAGCGUUGAAAUGAAGAGAGGAACAUGCAUUCAUGAUUCACAGUAAAAAUCUGUGCUUCAGCCCUGGCCAGGUAGCUCUCAGCUGGUUAGAGCAUCGUCCCGAUACACCAAGGUCACGGGUUCGACCUCCAUUCAGAGCACAUGUGAGAAUCAACCAAAGAAGGCAUGAAGAAGUGAAACAAUUCAGAUCAAUAUUUCUCUCCCUUUCUCU